AUGCCAUUUCUCCGGAUCCUCAGCACCGUCCUGGUUCUGCUUAGCCUCCUGCUGCUGCUGCUCGCCCUGGGCUCCAACUACUGGGUGGCGGACAACAACGGCGUCAAUAUGGGGCUGUGGAAGACCUGCGUCCGUUCACUGUGUGCACAAUAUUCUUCAGUACCAGAUUACUUUGACGCCACCAGGGCUUUCCUGUUCCUGGCCAUGAUCGCCGGGUUUCUCUCCUUCUUCGCUCUCCUCACUUCGUUCUUCCGCUCUCACCUCGGCCCCGUGUCUCUGACCCUGGUCUCUGCCGUGGGCAGCUUCAGCGCAGGGCUUUGUGCCAUGAUCGCGCUGGCCGUGUUCACAGGGGAAGUAGCUAAGGCCGUGAAUGUCCCGCCAGGCCAAGUCCCCUUCGGCUGGUCCUUCGGCCUCGGCUGGGCCUCUUUCCCCCUCUUCCUCAUCACUGCCCUGGAGCACCCCGGAGUCAGCACCUAUGGGCGGUACCAGCGGGUGCUGCUCCCAUUGGUGCCCUGA